AUGCCAAGGCAAACUUUCACCAUCCACCACUACCAUCAGCACCAUCACGUUCUCCUCCUCCUCCACCUCCUAACAGUACUUUUGUCUUCAUUUACAGCUUCUUCAACACCAAAUAAUGAAGUUGGCAUACUACUUUCAUGGAUUCACAGCUCUCCUUCACCCUCUCCAUCUUUCUUUAAUUGGAACACCUUAGACCCCAACCCCUGUAAAUGGUCCUAUAUCUCUUGUUCUGCCGACAAUUUCAUCACUGGCAUCAAUAUUUAUUCUGUUGAGAUAGCACUUCCCUUCCCUUCCAACCUUUCCUCUCUUCACUAUCUUCAAAAGCUCACCAUUGCUGGUGCCAAUCUAACAGGAACUAUCCCACCUGAUAUUGGAGACUGCACUCAACUAACACUGCUUGAUGUUAGCUCAAAUAGUCUUGUAGGUAGCAUUCCUUCCAGUAUUGGGAAGCUCAAAAAUCUCCAAGACUUGAUUUUAAACUCUAACCAGCUCACAGGAGAGAUCCCAGCAGAGCUUUGCAAAUGUAUAAAUCUCGAGAAUCUUGUCAUAUACGAUAACUAUUUAAGCGGGAAGCUUCCAGUCGAGCUGGGCAGGUUAUCAAAUUUGGAGAUUAUACGUGCUGGAGGGAACAAGGACAUUGAAGGACCCAUCCCUGAUGAACUUGGAGGUUGCCAGAAUUUGACAGUGUUGGGUCUAGCUGGUACGAAAAUUUCUGGUUCCAUACCUGCUUCAUUGGGUAAUCUGACCAAGCUACAGACACUAUCAGUAUAUACCACGAUGAUUUCCGGUCAGAUUCCACCAGAAAUAGGCAACUGCUCUGAGCUUGUGAACUUAUUUCUGUACGAGAAUGAUCUCUCAGGUUCACUACCACCACAACUGGGUAAGCUUCAAAAGCUUGAAAAGAUGUUAUUGUGGCAGAACAAUUUUGAUAACGCCAUUCCUGAUGAAAUCGGAAACUGCAAAAGCAUGAUGAUUCUAGAUCUCUCCUUGAACUUUUUCUCGGGUAGCAUCCCUCAGUCUUUUGGAAACCUAUCAAAUCUUGAGGAGCUUAUGCUUAGUAACAAUAAUAUCUCCGGUUGGAUUCCACCAGUCCUUUCAAAUGCCGCAAAACUCUUACAGUUGCAGCUUGAUACUAAUCAGAUAUCAGGUUCAGUUCCAGCAGAGCUUGGGAUGCUGAAAGACCUCACAGUUUUCUUUGCCUGGCAGAACAAGCUUGAAGGAAGCAUUCCAGAAACAUUGGCUGGUUGCAGAAGCCUUGAAGCUCUAGAUUUGUCACACAAUGCCCUUACUGGUAGCUUACCUCCCGGCCUUUUUCAGCUUCAGAACUUGACAAAGCUUCUCUUAAUUGGUAAUGGUAUCUCUGGUUCAAUUCCCCCUGCAAUUGGUAAUUGCAGCUCCCUUAUUCGGCUUCGGCUUGUAAAUAACAGAAUCAGUGGAGAGAUUCCAAGAGAAAUCAGGUUCCUCAGUAACCUCAGUUUCCUUGACCUGUCAGGAAACCAUCUUAGUGGAUCACUGCCGGAUGAACUUGGCAAUUGCAAGGAGUUGCAGAUGCUGAGCUUAAGCAACAACACCCUUGGAGGAACUUUGCCUGGCUCCUUAUCUUCUCUCACGAGGCUUGAGGUGCUAGAUGUUUCCAUGAAUAAAUUUGCGGGUCAAAUUCCAUGGAGUUUCGGUCAGCUUACAUCACUGAAUAGACUCAUCUUGGGUGGAAAUUCUCUCUCUGGGGCAAUUCCCUCCUCCCUUGCCCACUGUUCAAGUCUUCAAUUGCUUGAUCUUGGUAGCAAUGCACUCUCUGGCACAAUCCCAAUAGAACUAUUUGAGAUUGAAGGUCUUGAUAUUACUCUGAAUUUGAGUUGGAAUGCACUAUCGGGGACAGUCCCACCACAGAUUUCUUCUCUAAACAAGCUAUCCAUACUCGACAUUUCCCACAAUCAGCUAGGAGGAGACUUGGUCGCACUUGCCGGGCUUGAAAACCUCGUUUCUCUGAACAUUUCCUUCAACAAAUUCGCUGGCUAUCUUCCAGACAGCAAGCUUUUCAGGCAGUUGUCAGCAACAGAGUUGGCAGGAAACGAGGGAUUGUGUUCUAGUGGUCAUGAUUCAUGUUUCCUAAGAAACAGUACAAACAUUCGAAUGCCAAAUGGUAGUGGCUUCAAACGAUCACAGAGAUUUAGAUUGGCCAUCGCACUGCUUGUCGCUUUGACUAUAGUAAUCGCAAUUUUAGGGGCUAUUGCAGUUUUUCGAGCUCGAAAAUUGAUAGGCGAUGACUGUGAAUCUGAGAUGGGAAGGACCCCAUGGCCUUGGCAUUUUACUCCAUUCCAGAAGCUAAAUUUCACAGUUGACCAAGUUGUAAAACGUCUGGUGGAAGCCAAUGUAAUUGGAAAGGGAUGCUCAGGAAUCGUUUAUCGUGCAGAACUGGAAAAUGGUGAAGUAAUUGCAGUAAAAAAGCUCUGGCCUUCAACAAUAACUGCCAGUCAUGAUUGUGACAAUGACAGACGAGGCAUUAGUGGAGUUCGUGAUUCCUUCUCCGCUGAAAUAAAAACUCUCGGCUCCAUCCGCCACAAGAACAUUGUUAGGUUCUUAGGUUGUUGCUGGAAUCAUAACACAAGAUUGCUUAUGUAUGAUUAUAUGCCCAAUGGGAGCUUAGGCAGUCUUCUUCAUGAACGGAGUGGUGGUUGCUUGGAAUGGAAUGUGAGAUAUAGAAUUGUUUCGGAGGCAGCGCAAGGUCUGGCUUACUUGCACCAUGACUGUGUUCCUCCCAUCGUCCAUAGGGACAUCAAGGCCAACAACAUUCUUAUUGGCCCUGAAUUUGAACCCUACAUUGCAGAUUUUGGGCUUGCCAAGCUUGUUGAUGACGGAGAUUUCGCUCGGUCUUCUGCCACUGUUGCUGGUUCCUACGGUUACAUUGCUCCAGAGUAUGGAUAUACGAUGAAGAUAACAAAAAAGAGCGACGUAUAUAGUUAUGGGGUGGUGGUUUUAGAAGUGCUAACAGGAAAACAACCAAUUGAUCCAACAAUACCGGAAGGGCAGCACAUUGUAGAUUGGGUCAGGCAGAGGAGAGGAGGAAUAAAAGUGUUAGAUCCCAGCUUAAGAAGUCGACCAGAAUCUGAGAUUGAGGAGAUGUUGCAGACCAUAGGUGUGGCCUUGCUGUGUGUAAAUUCUUCUCCUGAUGAUAGGCCUACAAUGAAGGACGUAUCUGCAAUGCUCAAAGAAAUAAGGCAGGAGACGGAGAGGGAGGAUUGUGUGAAAGUUGGCAUGCUUCUGAAUGGACCUCAAGAAAAGAAUGAGCAAGGAAAUAGCAACUCAACCUCGACAUUGAUGAUGCAACAUUCAUAUCCUCAAAGCAACAAUACAAGCUUCUCAGCAUCCUCAUUCUUGCAUUCCUCUUCAUCCAAUGCCAAAACAACAUUCAAAUAA